AUGCCCGAGCUUCCCGAGGUCGAGGCAGCUCGGCGCGCAGCGGAGGCGCACCUGGUGGGGCGGCGGAUUCUGUCGGUAGUGGUGGCGGAGGACGAGAAGGUGCUGGAGGGGUGCAGCGCGGAGGAGGUGCGCGCGGCGCUGCAGGGGCGCGUGGUGGUGGGCGCGGGGCGCAAGGGCAAGCACCUGUGGCUGUUGUUAGAUCAACCCCCCAUGCCGCUCUUCCACUUCGGCAUGGCGGGAGCGUUCGCCAUCAAAGGGGAGAACGUCGUGCGCUACAAAAGGCUGGCAGUGUCGCCAGCAGACGAGUGGCCGCCGCGGUUCCACAAGCUCGUGCUGCAGGCGGAGGGCGGGGUGCAGCUGGCCUUCACGGAUGCGCGUCGCUUCGGCCGCAUCCGCCUCGCGCCUGAUCCGUUGCUGUGCCCCCCUGUGGCGCAGCUAGGCCCCGAUGUGCUGCUUUCUUUGCCCGACCCCGCCUCCUUCGCUGCUCUCCUGCGCCGCCGCUCACGAGCAGUCAAGGCUUUGCUCAUGGACCAGGCAGUGCUGAGCGGCAUAGGCAACUGGUUGGCGGAUGAAGUGCUAUACCAGUCACAAUUGCACCCAGAGACCCCCUCCGCACUGCUCACGGACGCGCACUGCUCCGCCCUGCACUCCUCCAUUCAGCAGGUGAUAAGCAAGUCCGUGGCAGUAGACGCGGACAGUGACCGCUUCCCACCCUCCUGGCUCUUCCACGUGCGCUGGUCCAAGAAACCCGGCUCCAUCGCCGGCCAUCCGCUCAGCUUCAUCACCGUGGCUGGCCGGACCUCAGCCAUAGUGCCAGCAAACAGCCGUAGGCAAGCAAGAGGAGAUUCUAAGGGAACAGGAGCAGCCGUUGCUGCAAGGGCAGCAAAAAGCCGAGUGGGUCGGCCGAAGCGAGAGGAAAGGGAGGAGGAUGAGGCAAGGCAGGAUGAGGAGGGGAUCCGGAAUAGAAAUGGGAGUGAGAGUGAGGAUGGGCGGGGACAAGAACCCCUUGUUGAAUCUGGAGCUUCAGAGCAUGGUGAAGAAGACAGCAUCGGAAGGAGCAUAGGUCAGAGUCAGACAGCUGGAAGUGAAUUACCGGUUGCCAACGAGUCUGGUGACGACAGCGUUGGAGCAAGGGCGAGAGCAGCGCCACCAGCACGAAGGGCAAGAUCUGCAACAGCAGCCACCCCUGCAGCUGCUGCUGCUGCAGAUGUGACAGCCAUUGCGAGUGGUAGAGGGAAGCGAGGUAGGCGUGCUGUUUCCACUGCUACUGCCACUGCAGCACCAUCGACAAGUGCAGGGCAAGGGUCAGGGGUACGGGCGUUGUCAGUGGUGGAGGCUACGGAGGAGGUGAAGGCUUCAGUGACGGGGCUAAGUGGAAGUGGUGGUGGUGGUGGUGCUGUGACUGUGACUGCCAUGGGUACAGGCAGGGUGACCAGACAAGCAGCCAAGCGCCAGCGCAGUUAA